AUGGGAAAUUCACACCACGGAGCGACCUCUUCCUCCAUUGUUGACCAUGGUAGUCAUCACGUCGUCGAGCAACAACAACAACAACAACAUGGACACACGGAUUCCAAAAUCAAUCACUCGGAAUCAUCAUCAUCUUCCAACCAUGAUCGAAACGCUCAUUGUUCUCGAAAAAGUACCAUUCGACGAGUCUCGAAUUCUGUAUUUUCAAAAUUGAAACGGACUUGGGAGAGUGGUAGAGAACAAGGUAGCAAUAUGAUGAAAGCAACAUCAUUAUCCAUUUUUAGAAAUGAUGAUCACGAACAAGACAUGAAAACAAUUGAAUUAAGUACUGAAUUUAUUGUGUAUCGAAGAAGUUUUUAUGAACGACACGAUGAAUAUACGAAUAUGUUCGAACAGAAAAAUUGUAAAUUAUUGAAUACUCAAUAUAUUACUGGAGAUAUUAUUGAAAUGAUUAAAAGUUAUUUACCAUUGCAAGAUUGCUGUAGUUUGGCAUUGACAUGUCAAUUGACAUGGUUGUAUUGGUUUGGAGAUGAACAGUUUUGGUGGAAACGAUUGAAACGAACUCAAAUCAUGACACAUUUUGUGAAAUAUCGACCGUUUUUAUCGAGUCACAUCCAUGUCAGAGAUUGGAAGGAAUUGUGUUUUCAUAUCAAAUAUAACUGUCAAUGGAAACACAUGGAGUGUCAAGUGGUGCAAUUUUUCACACCUCACAUGGAAUCCACAACAAGAAAUUCAGUGCCAGUUCAUGAAUUUUUCUACAUGUGUAAGGUCGAUACAGAACAUGAAGAAAUUCAACAAAUGACGACAAUAGAACAUUCACACGUGUUGGUGUCAUUGAAUGGUCACACGUAUCAAUCCAAAUUUGGAAAAUUAGCCAAUGACAGCCAUUUAAAGGAAGGUCAUGGCGCAACGUGUGUGCUGUUGAUCAAUGUUGGAUAUAACGGAAAUUCUACAAAUGCAUUCAAAAUCAAGGAAAUGUUUUCCAAAUAUUGUGACCGAGUUCGAUUUUUAAUUUUGGUCUACAAUUAUACAAAAACUGAAAAUCAAGAAGAAGUUGGAAAGAGUUUUUCUCAUUCCUUGAACACGAGAGAGGUUGAAUUUUGGAGACAACAAUCCUAUUUAUUUAACACUCCAUAUUUGGAAGUAUUGGAAGAUCAAAGAUUCUCUAUUCAUAGAAACAAAUUGAUCGGAAUGUUGAAGAAAAUGCACGCAUGGAAUGUGUUGAAUCAAGUUGGAAGACGAGGAAGUACAGAAGCUUCAAAAAUGUUAGAAACGUUUUUAUUGUCCAUUCGACAAGAUUUUCAACAUGCUUAG